AUGAAACCAAACGCCCUGACAAAUAAACUCGCUGUGCUCCUUCUGUCGUCCGGGGUCGUUGAUGACGCCUUCACGGGGACCGACACCCAUCGGUUAUUCCAAACGAUGCUGCACACCUGCGACGCGUCCUGCGCUCCGAGACGCGCGCGCCUCACUAUCGCCAUGAGAAUAAAACAAAAGUUCUUUAACCAGACCGAAAUGCAGACAGUGCCACGCCUCCGUCGAUGCAUGGGAAGGCAGCUACGGGAAUUCCGCUGCCGAGGGAUGCCGUCCCCAAGAAACCGCGGCGCGUUUGCAGUAAAAUGGGGAUCUCCCCGCACCACAUCCGCGCCCCUCAUGCUGAGCAGCGAUUUGCCGCCUGGGACGCUGCGAGCCGCAACGAGGCGGGCGUCUUCCAACCGCGGCGUGCCCAUGACACCCCGGACAACGUCAGACGAUCGGUCGUUGAAACGGUCCGCGCCUCUCUGGGACCGUAUGACCCAGGCCGCUGGACGGACGGCUUGUCUCUCGCUGAGCAUGCGUCUGGAUCCGCUGCGCUGCCAUUUGACCCCCGGACAGUCGAGCUGCCUGUGGGGCUCCUCCGCGCGGCUGCUGACAGCCUUGCGUGGUCCUGCCGAGCGGAGCGUCUUUUCACCAAGCACGGCCGCGGAAAUUUAUCCAUUCCCCCGCCUGGCGGCGUCAAAAUCGCCCACACGAGUUCCUGUUGCCGCAGACUCCCUCUCGGCGAUCGAGGCGCUCCGCCUUGGCCCGCUGGCGGUGCACGGCGACGUCGCCGAGGAGAUUGGCGCCAUGCCGCCUUCACUGGCGGAUCGAGGUCGCACAGCAGGCUCCGUAUUUUCCCAUGACGCUGCGGAAUCCCACGCAGCGUGUCAGCGGACGCUGACGCCGUCAUGGCACAAUCCCUCCCGCAGGGCUGCGUCACUGCCUGGCACGUGGACUUUCUCACCGCAGUGA